AUGACUGGAGCUAGAUUAAGAGGAGAAGAAUUUGGUCAGAGAGUUCCUCCUAUUUUUGAAAUAAUUAAGAGCAUCCUACUAGAGUAUCCCAGUGGUCAGAUAUUUAAGGAAAUUUUACAAAAUGCUGAUGAUGCUCGAGCCACGAAGGUUAAGUUUUAUCUUGAUUGUCGUGAUCUGCAGACACUCCCUCCUUCAUUAUUGGAAGAAUCAGAUAAUUCUGAAAUAUUAAAGAGAUUCACUGGUCCUGCCCUUCUGUCGUAUAAUAAUGCACCAUUCAAAGAAGAAGACUGGGAAAGCAUAAAGACUACAUAUCAGAGUGUGAAGGCUGGCAGCCCACAUAAAGUUGGAAAGUUUGGAAUUGGAUUCAAUACUGUAUAUCACAUUACUGAUCUUCCAGUUAUAGUCAGUGAAGACACAUGUGUAUUCCUGGAACCUCAAGAAUCAGUAUGGAUCGGUAAGCCUGGCCAGCGAUAUUCUUUGAAAGAUUUAAAUUACUAUUGUCCUGAAGCUCUUGAGUCAUUGAACGGUAUAUGUGAGUUCUCUAAUACUUUAUCUGAGUACAAGGGGAAAGCUAUGUUCAGAUUUCCCUUGCGUAAUACACCAUCUAAAAUGUGGAAUGAACUUUAUGAUAUUUCGAAAGUCGAGUCCUUAUUGAGUUCACUAAAAGAAGAGGCAAAAUAUAUGUUGCUCUUUUUGAGGUCUGUUUGUUCGAUAGAAGUAUUCAAAAUUAAUACUAAAGGAGAUAUAUUGUCAAUAUUCAAUGUGAGCAUUACUGAUGAGUUCCUUAGCCAACAUAUUUGUAGCCAGCAAAGAUUUUUGUGCACUGUUGAGAGUUUAUUUACUAACAAUAAGAGUGAUUUAAAGCAAUGCAGUCAAACACAUUUAGAUUGUAAUCAAUUUAAUGUUGCUAUAGAUGAUUACACAUCAUAUGUAGUGCAUGAGUGGCUUGUAGUUCAUCAGGUUGGAUCUAAUAGUCAAGAGGUGUUGGAACUAGCAGAGAAACAAAGUGUCCUUCCUUGGGUAGGAGUAGCUGUUGAAUUGAACACUUUACCUACUGCUGAUGGCCGUAUUUUUUGUGCUUUGCCUUUACCAGUUGAAGACAAGUCACCUUUCAAAGUUCAUGUUAAUGGUAGUUUUGCUGUUGGCAUUAAUCGACGAUCAGUAAAAUGGAUAGCUCAAGAGAGGAGACAUGAUGAGCAGGCAUUAUGGAACAAAAUGCUUGUUGAGAAAUGUUUGCCUUCUUGUUACUUUAAGUUAGUUUCUGAAUUAAUGGCGAUGCCAUCAGUGGAUGUCUACAGCUAUUGGCCUGAUAUGAGAAAAGUGAGUGGUACAUCAUGGAGUGGACUAUUGGAACCAUUCUACAAGUUGUUGUUUAGCCAUAGUAAGGUAGUUUAUACUCAAUUAAAUGGAGGGGAAUGGAUUAAUAUUGAAGAUGCUGUAAUUCUAAAGUUGAAUGAUGAUGUUCCAAAGGCUGUAUGUGAUGCUCUGUUCAAGUGUAACCUAAAGUUAGUUUUCUUGAGCAUCAGUUGCAAUGAAGUAGUUGAUAGGUAUUAUACUGGAGCUAGAAAAGUUUUGAGUCCAUCGUUAGCAAGAUUUUAUUUAAGAGGCUGUGGAUCAUCUUAUAUUAAUGUGACAAGACAAGAUAAACUUGCUAUUUUAAGAUAUUGUCUGGCUGAUUAUAAUUAUGCAGAUUUAUAUAAUCUCCAAUUAUUACCAUUGGCUGAUGGUUCCUUUAAGGAGUUUAGAAAUAAGAUUGAGUCACACACAGAAUUAUGCUUUCUUAGCAGCCUUGAAAAUCCUAGCAAUUUAUUGUGUGGCUUAGAAAAUAUUCUUGUAAGAAUGUACCACGAAGAUGAAAUAUUGCAUUCAAAUCUUGUUUCAGUUGCACAUAGUGGUCAGACACAGCUUGCCAUACUUAACACUGUACAUGUAGCUGAAUUAUUAUCAAAAUGUAACACAAGCUUAUGGUCACGAGACCAGAUAGCUCUUCUUUGGCAAUGGAUUAAUAAAAAAGACUUGUCACUUUUUUAUGGUAAAUUAAUAUUACCAGUGCAAUUGCCUUUUGGUAAAAUGGAUAUUGUGCCUUUUGCAAAACAAACAGGUGUAGUCCAUAUUUCACUGUCCAAGGUUGAGCCCAUUUCUGAUUUACUUAUUGCUUGUUUAAGAAAAUGUGGUGUCAAAUUUGCUGACUCCAGGGACUUCACCUUCUUGUCUCAUGUACAGCUCUCUGAAUAUUUAUAUCAAUUUGUCCCUGAUCAAGUGUUGGAUGCAAUUAAGUUUUUAGACUUUCGUGUGGUAGAUUUUUCGUGUGAUGAAGCCCACUGUCUACAGCAUUUCUUUAGUAAUUUUCCUUUCGAUGAUCAGAGUAAGUUUGAUAAGUUUAGUGGGUUGCCUCUUUUUAAAGUUUUGCAGUUCAGUGGUUCAACUCUGUUCUCAUUCAAUUCCAUCAAAACGUAUGAUAAUCAGGCAAUUGCUAUGAAAGGAAGAUAUGAUUUUGAAACUCACCUAAUUAGCGUGAAGCCACUUGUCAUUGAUACUACAUAUAGUAGUUGCAAUAAUGAGUAUCUGUUAAAAAAGCUACACAAUGCUAAUUUAGUUUGCUUUAUGGGUGAAACUGAAUACCUCAAAAAAAUUGCUUUUUGGCAGAUUAAGAGUGAAGACUUUAAAAGCAAAAAUAUAGUCCCUUUUAUGUUAAGUGUCCUGUGCAAUUUUAGCUCUCCUCAUUAUCGACAGCAGUUAGCUGGUGCUUUGAAUGACUUACCUUUUAUUAAAGUAUCAACGUUUCACUUAUUUAAAUCACCAUCUGAUUUGUUUGAUCCUGAAAAUGAGCUAAUUAAAGAGCUGAUCUCUGAUCAAUGCAAGUUUCCUGGUACAGAAUUUCAACCUUAUUUGCCUAUUUUGAGGCAAAGUGGUUUAAAGUCGUCAGUUGAUGCUAGUGGAAUUUUUGAAAUUGUUACAUCUAUUAAAGAGCUUUCUUUUGAGGGUAUUGUUACAGAAUUAAGUAGUGUAAAGUAUUCCAAAGCAAUUGCAGUUUUGUUGUAUCUAACCUCUUUUCCUUAUUUAUUGAACGAUAUAAUAAGUCUGUCAUCUGACCUACAACUCCCACUUGUAUUAGCAUUGACAGAGCUAAGUCCUGAUACCUGUUGGUUACCAGUAGCAAACAGACGUCCUAGAAACUACCCUUCUUGUUUAGAGUGGAAGGGGUCACAGCAUCUGUCCUGUUUAGUUUCAGUUAGACCUAGGACUGUGCCUUUAGUUUUAGUAUCAGGAGACCUAUCUUCAUCUGAUUUACCUUUAAUAGUUGGUUCUAAAGCCUUAUUUGUGGAGAGGGCUCCUACUGAACUUGUGGAGCUUGUAUGUUGCUCUCAAGCUUUAUUGCCAGUCAUUGUAUCUCAUUUUAAGGAUGUCAUUCAAAAUCAGAAAUCAAUAUCCAAUAAACUGCUACUACAGAUUUCACUCAAAAUUUAUAGCUAUUUGCAAGAUAACAAAAUGCACUGUAGUGCAAGUACUUUUUCAGCUAUUGAUAAUUGGGUAUUUAUCAAAAAUAAGUUUUUAAGUGCAAGCCAAGUAGCAUUAGAAGCUAAUCCUUCCAUUGAAGUAGAUUUAGAGCCAUUUCUUUAUUUGUUACCAAGUAACUUGGAAAAAUUCAAAGACAUUUUUACAAUAUUUGGGAUGAAUAAUGAAGUAACUUCACAUCAGAUCAUUAGUGUACUUUGUGCCAUGAAUCAUGUUUCCCACCAUCAAAUCACUUCAAGAAAAGCUUGGUCAAUAGUUACUGCUAUUUUAGAAUGGCUAGCAGAAGAUUCUGAUAGAAUGAUAGAAGGUAAUAUACUAGUACCAGUUGAAAGCAAAUCCUCUUAUCCUCAACUUUUCCCUAUUAAAGAGGUUGCUUAUUCUGAUAAUGAAGUCCUUCGUAAAAUUGCAAAUGCUUCAGGAGAAGAUUAUUAUCUUAUUCAUCCCAAGGUAUUUCAUUUAUCAGCAAAGCUUGGAUUGACUCCCCUUAGUGAUCAGCUCAAUAUAACUGAAGAUAUCUUUGAUGAUGCUGGUCAGCAUGAACCAAUAAUAACUCGUCUCUGUAAUAUUUUGAAAGAAUAUAAAGAUGGUUUGAGUAUAUUGAAAGAGAUGAUACAAAAUGCUGAUGAUGCUGGAGCAACAGAAGUCAAUAUACUUUAUGACAAUAGAAAACAUUCAACAAAGAAUUUAAUUUUUAAAGGAAUGGCAGACAGUCAUGGCCCAGCUCUGAUAGUACACAACAACAGUACUUUUGCUAAAGAAGACUUUGAAAAUAUCACUAAACUAGCUGGUACCACAAAAGCUAAUCAACCACUCAAAAUUGGUCAGUUUGGUAUUGGUUUUUGCUCAGUGUAUCACGUCACUGAUGUACCUUCAUUUGUUAGUGCUGAGUGGUUGUAUAUAUUUGAUCCAACGCUCAACUAUCUUAAAGACAUAGUUCAAAAUCAGAGCAGGCCAGGCAAAAAAAUAAAGUAUCAGUCAAAAAUUUUAGCCAACACUGAUCAUUUGGUACCUUAUGAUGGUUUGUUUGGGUUUAAAUCUUCAUCAAACUAUAAUGGAACCUUAUUUAGGCUUCCUUUUAGGACAAGUGCUAGUCAGAUCAGCUCAACAAUUUACAAUGACCAUCUUGUAGAAGACAUGAAAAGGGAUUUAGUUAAUUGGGGCUCUAAAUUAUUGCUCUUUUUACAACAUGUGAAGCGCAUCACAUUCAGUGAUUUUAAAGGUACAAAGAAAAUGCUUAAAGUAUCAAUUGAUAGAAGUAGAAUUGCUGAUAUUCGUCAUUUUGUAGUCACAUUUUCACCUCAGCAGAAAUGUAUUACUGAACACUGGUUAAUUGCUGAUGCUGAAGAGCAGCAGCAGUCUCAGAAUAGUGGUAUUUCUGCUGUGGCUUCUGUAGCAUGUCAACUGGAUAAAGUAAACUUGAGCUCUUAUAAAUGUAAAAAAAUAAAAGGGAGUGCAUUUUGUUUUCUACCUCUAGCAUUGCCUAGUACUGGAUUGCCAGUACACAUUAGUGCUAAUUUUGCUAUCAUGAGUAACAGAACUGGUAUUUGGACUAAACCUUCACUUAGUACAGUUUCAGAUUUUAGAGAACAGUGGAACAAGAAGCUCAUGGAAACCACUAUACCGGCAGCUUAUUGUAAGUUGCUUCAGAAACUACAAGAAAUGCAUUGUUCGGGAAAGUUGCUCAAUUAUGAAUUUUAUAUGUUAUGGCCACUAAGUGCAAGCCUAAAUAUGAUGUAUCCAUGGAUAUUCCUUGUUACUCCCUUGAUUAAUUUGUUAUCAGAACAAGAGCUGUUCUACUCUGCUUCAUUGAAUAGAUGGCAAACACUAGCACAAUCUAACUUUAUACCCUCAUCGUUGUUCCAAGACUCAAUAGCUGGUGAUGCUACAUUUCUUGAUGAGGCUCUAUAUAUUCUUCAACUACCAGUGGUCUCCUUACCUGCUUCGCAUAUGCUGCAGUUGCAAGAACUCUUUGAUAAUGACAUUGUCAUUAUUAAUGAAGAUAGUUUUACCAACUACUUUUUGUCUAAAAUAAAAGUGUUUGAUGCACACAUAGUGAUACGUAAUAAAGUUAUUUAUACUCUAUUAUUAACUAUUUCUAUGUCAGAGCUGACAGGUUUUGAUAAAUUAGAGAAUUUCAAAAACCAAUUGAGAACUGUUCCAUGCAUCCCAUGCUCACCUGAUGGUGUCGUCUUAAAGCUACCAAGUCAACUUAUUGAUCCUGGAACAUUUCAUGAUAUGUUUGAUCCAGAUGAUUCAUUGUUUCCCUUUUCUGACUUCUGCCAAAAUAAUCCAGUGUGUUAUACGAUAAUGGAGAUGGGAAUGAUGUCAAGGAAACUGCCAUGGGAUAUUAUUAUCAAAAGUGCUCAGACAAUUAAAUUGGUUAUCGUCAUUGACGAGAAUAAAGCAAUGAAAAGAGUAAAGGCUAUAUUGAAAUGCAUAAACUCUGCUGUGCCUGAUGAGCUAAAGGAGACAAGCUUUUUACCUGUGCUACCAAAGCCUGAACAUUACUUUUUACCUUGGAAAGGUGAAGGCCAUGUGCUGCUAUCUCCUACUGAAUUAAUGUGUGAUUUACGAAUGGGAACAAGAGAAGCUGCUCUCAUUGUUGGUUCCCAAAGAGCAAUUCUCAACACGAAUUCUGUCAAUCAUGGAGGUUGUGGGUCCAUAUCACAAAGGGUUAUUAAGCUAUUGGAAAUUCCUACUAUGCCAUCAUUUGAUGAAGUGCUUCACCACUUUAAUACUCUAGUUUCUUCAUUUACAGCUAAGUUAGGCAAUUGGGACAUUGUUGGAGAAAUAUGUUGUUACGUGUAUCAAUAUUUUAAUGACUCACUUGAGAAUCCUAUCAUUUCUCAAUUACUAUUAAGAUAUUGUAAUAAACCUUUUAUUUGGACAGGUAAAAUCUUUGUUUGUCCAUGUGAUGUAGCUGUUAACUGGAAGCAUGAAGAUGGUCCUUUUCUUUACAAGCUACCAUCAAAGCUUUGUGAAUAUAAAAAUCUUUUAAAGUGUCUUAAAAUUAAGGAAAAUUUCACCUAUGAUGACAUAUUGUUAGUCUUCAGAAAAAUGUACGAAUUAGACGCAUCUCAUAAAAUUCCAAAGAAGAAUAGAAAUGUUACCUUAAGUAUGAUAUUAGAGCUAAAUUUGAUGUCCAUUUGUCCAUCUAAUGUUUCCAGUUACGAAAGAGUCAUACUUGUUGAUGAUUGUUAUACUCUUCGAUAUGUUAAUCAAUUGUCAUUUAAUGAUGUGCCAUGGUUAACGCCUGACAAGGAGAGUUUCUUUGUACACAAUAAACUAUCUCGAGAUGUAGCAUUAACCCUCGGUGUUAAACCCACAUGUAGCAGGUUUAUGAAUAAAUUUAUUCCUAAUGUACAGCAAAAUUUUGCUGGAGCCCCUUUUGGUCAAAAGGAAGAACUAACUCAGCGCAUUAGGAAUGUACUUAAUGACUAUCCACUUGAUGCUACACUUCUCAAAGAACUGAUACAAAAUGCUGAUGAUGCUAAAGCAAAUAAAAUUUUAGUGAUAUUAGACAAAAGACAGCACGGUAAAGAAAGAGUUCCAUCUGUUAUGUGGGGAAAAGAGCUACAAGGUCCUGCUCUGCUAGUAUGGAAUGAUAAGGAUUUUAGUGAUGAUGAUUUAAAAGGGAUACAAAGACUUGGCCUUGGCUCCAAGUGUGAUGAUGAUGAAUCGAUUGGUCAGUUUGGUAUUGGCUUUAAUGUAGUGUAUCACCUGACUGAUUGUCCCAGCUUUAUUACUAGAGGAAACAAACUCUGUAUAUUUGAUCCACAUUGCAGGUACGUACCAGAAGCAGAUCACUCCUGUCCUGGUAGGCAAUACAACAUUAGCAAUGUAUUUUUUAAUACUAUGCUUGAUCUUAAAUCGAGCUUUCUUCGUGAUUCAUCAUCUAGCAUUUGUUUGCAUGAAGAUUUGACCUCAGGUACUCUUUUUAGACUGCCUUUGAGAACACACGAUGGAUUUGAAUCAACUGAAUUGUUGGACAAAACAUUUAAGAGGCACAUAGCUGUCAGAGGAAUAGAAGAGAAGCUAUUUGAAUGGGUUCAUGAAUUGGAACAUUCCCUUUUAUUUUUAAACCACCUCGAAAAGUUUAGCUUCUAUGUUCUUGAUGAUUGUCGCUGCUCAUUUAAACUAGGCUAUGAAAUAGAAGUCUCACAAGAAAACCAACUUAUUAGAGAAUCAUUUCAUCGUAAAUUGUGUUCCUUUAAAAUUAGCAAGGAUCCAUUCAUUGUUACAUAUCCAAUGCAACUUAAGCUUGUAACUUCUGACAAUAGAACAACGACUAAAAAGUGGCUUAUUCAAAAUGGAGUUGGUGAUGCAUCAAGAAGUCCAAGAGAACAGCUAUCACACAAUAAAAUUUGGCCAAGGCAUGGUAUUGCAGCUCCUUUGGAUAGAAACAAUAGACUACUGGGCCAUGCAUUUUGUUUUCUACCAUUACCUGCAAUUACUAAUCUUCCUAUACAAAUUAAUGGUCAGUUUGCUCUUAGUAGUAAUCGUCGUUCACUUUGGUUGAGUAAUGACAAAAAUGACAAUAAGACAGUAUGGAAUAAAUUUAUCCUCAAAGCAAUAGCUUAUUCUUAUGCAGUACUAUUGGAAAAGAUUAGACCUCAUAUGAUACGUUUAUCAGAGUAUGAUGGCUCCCGGCAUAGAAUUCUUUCUGCUAUUAAAAGUUACUAUGAUCUGUUUCCUCUAUUGAAGAUUAAAUUAGGUACUGAUUUUUUAACUUUAGAGGGUAAAUGGCAUACAUUGGCUAUUGAUGUAAUGCAGCAUCUUCAUGAUUAUAAUUUACCUGUUCUUGCUAUUGAAAUUCCUAAACCAUAUAAUCGAUGUGAAGUAAUGUGGUGCCCAUUAAGAAGUGAUGAUGAAUUUAGACAGGUAUACUUUACACCUGAGAAAAUUCCAGGUGUAGUGCAACUUAUGAAAAAAUUAAACAUGUUAAUAACACUUGCACCUUAUAGUAUUUAUAAAUCCUUUGAAAGAGUCUAUAAACCCUCAAUAGUAAGCCCAAUGUCUGUAUUUUGCUUCUACACAAAAUUUAGUGAGCAGAUAUUGACAACAAGUGAGCCACUCUUAUUACAUGAGACUCCUUUUCAAACAAUUAAGUGCUUUAGGAUAUUUCUUGCAUACAUUUUAAGUGAUUCAGGUGAGUUUCCAAGAUCUCCCUAUGGUUAUCCACUUUUACUAACAUCUGAUGGAAUUCUUAGAAAAUUUAAUGAAGCACAAAAGGUAUUUGUUAGCAAAUGUUUUUCACUUUUUUCAAGGAGCAAAGACAAAUUUUUGCAUCGAGAACUCUUACACUUACCUCUUUCUUCAUCUUACUUUCUCACUCCAGAUUCAUGUAGCUAUGCUCAAAUAUCAAUUCUUUUAUGUCGAAGUCUUCCGCUUGUCAUGAAAGAAAAGGAGGCACCCAUAAGUUCUAUUAAAAGUAGUAUUUUGAAGGAAUUAUGGAAGUGUUUCUCAGAAAAUGAAUUUUUUGUUGCCUACCAAAAGGAAAUUGUUCAAAAUUGGGCCUUGUUACCAUCUGACGACAAACUCUACAGUAGCUCAUCUGAAGUGUUGCCCAUUGUUGAACCAGACAAUGUAAUGCACGAUGUAUUUGAUGUUUUAAAAGAAUUACAUGUUCCUGUUCUUAAAUCUGACUUGAUUUCACCAGUCAUUCUUAAAUAUUGUCCUAGUAUGGAGCACUACAAUGAUAUUCUGAAAGUCAUCUUUCAUGUGUGCAAACAAAAUGAGGAGUGUUUUACCAAAAUAGUUAAAGAAAUGUCAGAUGGGAAAAUCAACAAUCUACUGUUGUACCUUAGGAACACAUCAUUCCAUAAUGAUCAGUCAAUUUUCAACAAAUUAAUGUACCUCCCUUUGUUUAAGGGUGUUGAUGGAUUAGUCACCAAGUUACUUGGAAAGCAUAUUUACCUUUGGCCUGAUGCAGAUUUCCCCCUGAUAGCAUAUGACAAGUGGGCACCUAUUGAAAGUAUUGUAUUUUUGGAGAAAAAUGGGUCUUGGAAAUAUCUUUGUUCAACUAUUCAUUCUUUGUUUGGUGAGGAUUUGUCAUCCACUGAAGUGUAUUGUGAAAUAAUUUUUCCCAUUUUCAACCAGCUAAGUUUUAAGGAACGAAAGGUUCACAUGGCAUACAUUAGGCAAAAUAUAUUUCCUAAUUUGAAGCAUGCUUUAAGAAUGAAAGGGGAACAAAAUGAGCUGGCUAAAAAGUUUGUAAAUUGUGCAAAAGGGCUGAAUUUUUUAGUGUGUCAGACAUGUACAGACAGAAAUGUGCUUUAUCCUGUUAAUCAUUUUGUCGAUCACACUAUGGACAUAUUCAAUAUUUUUUCUGACCGGUUUCAUUUUCUUGAUACUGAAUACAGAAAAGAACAAUGGCUUGAUUUUCUUAUGUUUGUUGGUCUUUGUAGUAAAGUAACAGCACAAGAAUUUAUAGACUUUUGUACUCAAGUGUCUGAAAGUAAAUCAGAAGAGGCAUCUCAUGUGCUUGUUGAUUAUCUUUUUUCCAAUAAAGCUUCUGAUUUUUAUGAUUCACCUGAUUUGUUAGCUCAAAUUGGUAAUAUUUCCUUUGUUUGUACUGCUGAUUUGAGUUCACUGUCAUGGAUUGCUUCACCUUGUACUUCUGGCUUCACAAGUUUCAAAGGGGCUGCCCAAUAUACAAGUUAUGCUUCACUUUUGUGGACUGUUAGACCAUUGAUAAAUUUACCAAAGGACUGUUGUUCAGCUGCAUAUGAUGAUGAUGUAUUGAGCCAAUUGCAAGUUCUUAUUAAGCCCACAGUAGAUGAAGUUUUUCAGAACAUCAUUAAUAUUUCAAAUUCUGACUUGGCUGACUUUAGAUUGAUGUCAACAUACAACUUACCAACACUAUCAGAAGGCUAUGCUACCUUCAUGGUGAAUGUUAUUAAAGAGAACAUCAAAUUCAUUCAAGAUCACAACAGUCACAAAUUAAAGGAACUAUCUUUCAUUUCAUUUAUUCCUGUAAGUGCUGAGCCAGCAUUCCAGUGUAUUGACAAUCAUGAAAUUAACAAGCCGGUUUUAGUUAAUCCUUUACAAGUAGUCAUGUCUGUUACUUCACUAGGAUCUGAGCGGAGUACAAGAUUUUGCCCCUACAUUAAUAAUUUACCCAAUUGCUUGAGCGAUUUAUACUCUGCUUUGUCAAUAGCUGGUGUCACACUUAAAGUAGAGCUAAAGCAUGUACAAUAUAUGCUAGAGAGACUUCACCAUCAAUGCAAAGUAAUUAAUAGUCCCAAUGAUAGGAAACUAGUGAGAGAUGCUAUGCAGACACUUUUUAGUUUGCUAAAAGAUGAUGUAACACUAACAGCAGCAAAAAUACUUGAUCCUUUGUAUCUCCCAUCAUUGAACAAUGAAUUAGUUUUAUCAACAAAACUAGUUUAUCUCGAUAGAAAGGUGUAUUACAACAAUGUGGCUUCUUGGGAUUUUUCACAGACAAACUUUGCAUUAUUUCACAUUCCAUUAUACACGUAUGAUGCAAAGCUGUCAGAAACAGAGCUUUGCCACAAGUUGCCCACUGAUUUAUCUCCAAAGCCCUUAUCCUUUGUUAGUUAUGAUAUGCUGGAGUCAUGUACUGUAUUGCAGUCUCAGAGUAAACUAGUAGAGAGGCUUAAAAUCAUAGCAAAUCUCUGUUCAGGCACAUUUUACUCACAAGGUUUAGUCAAAAUAUUUAUGAAGGCUUUGCCAAGCUUAUCUGAACAAAAGGCUGCUUUAUUUGUUGAUUUUAUUAAAGAUCUAGAAUUCAAAACUAUUGCUAAGCUAACUUCAAGUGUGAUAAUUGACUUUAUGAGAGUUGGGGCAGUAGGAGCUAAUUUUAUGUUCCUAUUUGAGGAUGGCAAGUACACAUUUUAUGGCACUGACAGUAUUACUACUAUUGAUAUGACACUUCUGAAAGAUCUUUCUCAUGAAAUCUGUAUUGUAUUGGCACGUUUGAUAAAGUAUGAAGCUGUUUUAUUUUCAAAGGAAAUGUUCCAAAUGAUUUAUAAGCUUUUAAAUGUCCAGAGUGAAAAUGAUUUCAAAUUAUUCAUGGAAGACUUUCAUCAAGAUGUACUUUUUAUGGUUGAUGAUGAAAAUUUAUUAAGCGUUGAUGAUAGUUUGCCAGAGCCUGGACAACCUAUGAAAAGUUUCUGGAAGUCAUUCCUUGAUCAAGAUGUUAAUAAUGUGUUUCGUCCUCAGGAGUGGGUCGGGUAUGAAAAAAGUUAUGAUUAUUUUGUUUGGGCAAUCAUACUUCAUCAGGUACAUCAAGAAGAUAUCAACAAUCCUUUUUUAAGAAAGUAUGCCAUUCAAAUUGAUAAUAAAGAAGAUUUAAUUGAAGAAGUUAUAUCGGUGUUGAGCCUAUAUAAAUUAGUGCGACGUGAAGCCCCAGCCCCAUUAAUUGAUUCUCAAGAAAUAGCUCUACACAAUGGGAUCCAUCUAACUUUUAAUGAAGCAAAUGAGGGUGAAGAUAUGUGUACUUUAAAAAGGAAAGUAUGUGAGCAGCUGAGACUACUAUGGCUUCUACCUGACUUUGAAAGAAAUCGGGGACUCAAAAGAUUAUACUUGCUGUAUCAUCCUGAUAAAGCUGAAACAUCACUAAUAAAGCUGCAUGAAGAGAUUUUUAAAUACUUAAAGUGCCAAAUCAACCGUCUAGAGAAGAAACUCCCACUGCUAGAUCUUGAUAUUCCUGAUGCUAUGCUGCAUAGUCAAGCUACAACUGUUAGGCAUAAAUCUGAUUGGGAAUCAAAUUUUAACAAAUGGGAUGAAAGUGCACGUAAUGCAUGGUGUGGAGGAGGAAUAGGUGUGGGAGUAAAAUUGAGUUCUGAGUGGGCAAAAAACUUUAGUAGUUUUCAAAGUCAGAAGAAUCAAUCCUCCCAGGAAAGUGCAAGUUCCUUUAACUUUCAGCCUCAAGUUGAUUUGAUUGAAGCAAAACGAUGGAUAAGACAGGCAAAGUCUGAUUUAAAAGCUCUGAAGUACUUGUCCUCUUCAUAUGACUCUGAAGUCUCCUCUCAAGUCAUAUUUAUGGCUCACCAGGUAAUGGAAAAAUCACUUAAAGCUGGUAUGUAUGCUCUACUAGGAUUAAAUGAGAUACAUCUUAAAUAUCAUCAAUUAAAUGUUCCUGCUAGAGCUCUUGGUUCAUUUAAAGUGUCACUAUUACCUCUCACUAAUUUAGUAUUAGGUAUGGAGCAGUAUUAUACAAGUACACGCUAUCCUAAUAAGCACAGCAGACCAAAUGCACCAGUUGACAAAUAUAAUUUUCAUCUAGCUGCUGAUGCGACUAAAUGUGCUGAGAAAGUGUACAAUUUGAUUUGUAUUGAAAUUGACUGAAAAUUGUAGAUUAUAUUUAUGAUUGUGCAAUUAUUAUUAAUGUCACUUAUUCAUUCACACA